AUGGAAGAAAAACAAGCCCCUAUCAUGGGAAUCGAUAGGAAGGAAUCCAACUCCAAGUCUGACGAGCCCGGGCUAGUGGAGCCCAUCAUGUCUCCAGAGGAGGAGCGUGCUACCUUGCGAAAACUCGACUUUUUCCUGAUGCCGCUGCUCGUUAGUGGCUUCUUCGUUCUUCAGCUCGAUCGCAGCAAUAUUGGGAAUGCCUUGACAGAUACCCUUACGACUGAUCUCGGCAUUACCACAGACCACGUAAAUCUAGGAAACCAACUUAUGUUGAUCGGGAUAAUAGUUGCAGAGAUACCCUCCAACCUUAUUCUCCAAAAGAUCGGUCCACCUGUUUGGCUCACGCUCCAAAUGUUCAUCUGGCGCCUGAUUGCCCUUACUCAGGCAUGGUGCACCAAUAUCAACUCAUUUUAUGCUACCCGCUUCCUGCUUGGUGUUUUCGAAGGUGGAUAUAUUCCCGGUGGCCAGUACAUGCUGGCACUUUUCUAUACUCGAAAGGAAUUGGCAUUGCGAACUGCCAUCUUCUACUUCGGAAAUUACUCUGCCACCGCAACCGGUAGUCUGAUUGCCGCAGGCAUUCUAAACAUGGGCGGACUGCGAGGUCUUUCUGGUUGGCAAUGGCUAUUCAUAAUUGAGGGUGCUCUCACACUACUCAUCUUUCUCGGCUUUGUCGCCCUGCUCCCCCAUAGCCCCGAACGAACUGCUCCAAUCCACGGUCGUUGGGAUUUCUUCUCCGAGAGGGAGCGACAAUUCAUGAGUAUUCGAGUAGUUGCUGAAGACGAUAGCAAGAGUGCCCACAAGGCGAAGGUCUCAUUCGCCAGCCUUGGGGAGGCUCUGCUGGACUAUCGACUGUGGCUCCAUAUGAUCCUCAACGUUGCCAGUCUUGCUCCCAAAGGUGGUCUGCAGCUUUACGGACCGCUCGUCAUCCGUAGCCUUGGAUUCUCAAAGACGGACGCCAACCUCCUCAACGCAGUCAGCAGUGUCGUUGUCAUCGUCCUGUCGUGGAUCAUCUCCAUUGCUUCUGAUCGAACUAAGCUGCGCGGUCCAUGGUGUAUUGUAGCCUUGAUGUGGUCCGUCAUUUUCGCCGGGGCCUUGUUCGCCAAGACGACCGAUCCUGAUAAAUGGUUGCGAUAUGCUCUCUUCACUCUGCUGAGCGGCGGAAAUGCUCUUACACAGGGUCUAAACGAUGCUUGGCUCAGUAUCAACGCCACGAGCGCGAGCAAGCGGAGCAUUGGUCUGGCCAUGGUCGUGAUAGGGAGCAAUUUGGGUGGACUUGCGGGUCAGCAGCUGUUUCGAUCGUCUGAUGCACCCAAGUAUUCGCAGGCCUUCCUUGCCAUUCUCUUGCUUUAUGCCGCCUCUAUUCCCAUUACGUUGGUUAUCAUGUGGGUUUAUUGGCGGGAUAACAAGAAGGGGCGAGCCGCUCGGAUGAAUGAGACUGAGAAUUCCAGCUCGGAGAGGAAAUUCGAUAUCUAA